AAUAGAAACAGAAGCGAGCGAGUUCCGCAAACUGAGAAGCGAAAGGGAAUUAUAAAACCUUUAAAAAGAAAGAAGACAGCCCCAUGCCUCAUGAGCUUGAGGGUAUGCCAGUGAAACAAGAAACAAUCAACUGUGAAAAACACAGAACACGAAAAUACCUUGCAAUAAACUUUCACAGCCAAAAAUGUUGCACCCUAGUAUUGAGAACACACUAAUACAGCGGCGAUAGAAAACCGGUGAACAGUCGGUGAUAUUUGAUAGUGGAGAGUACAGUAUCAUUUCCAUAAAGACGAUGCACGGCACCGUACAACAACUGAGAAUAUGUCAGCGAAGCAUCGCUCCCAGCCGGCUGCAGUGCCCGAGCUAAAACAAUCCGGGAACGAGUGCUUUAAAAACGGCCAGUACGGAGAGGCUGCCUCGUUUUACUCACAGGCCGUCACCCUUCUGCAGAAAUCAGGUUAUAAACGCACCCGGAGGAGCUGUGUCCUACUUUCAAACCGAGCAGUGUGCUUCCUGAAGGAGGGUAAAUGUACUGACUGUGUGAAGGAUUGCACUGCCUCUUUGGAAUUGGUUCCCUUCAGAGUAAAGCCAUUACUGAGACGUGCAGCUGCUUACGAAGCACUGGAGAGAUACAGGCUAGCUUAUGCUGACUACAAGACUGUCUUGCAGUUAGACUGUACAAUAAAAGCUGCUCACGAUGGCACAAACAGAAUGACACAGGCUUUAACGGAACAAGACGGUCCAAGCUGGCGAGAGAAACUUCCCCCGAUCCCUACGAUAUCGCUAUCGGAUCACGAGAGAUUGGCUGAAGCUGAUGCAAAAGCACAAGGUGAUCGAUUCUCUACAGCUCCGCAAAAUGGCACCAAAGCGAUAGCAGACAGAGUUCCCAGUGCUGAAGCCAUGAAGCGUGCUCAUGCACUGAAGGAGGAAGGAAAUGCGCUUGUGAAGAAAGGGGAGCACAAAGUGGCUGUGGAAAAAUACACUGAAAGCAUCGAACUGAACCCCAAAGAGGUCACGACCUACACAAAGAGAGCUCUUUGUCACUUGUCAUUAAAAAAGUACCAAGAAGCAACAAAAGACAGCGGAGAAGCCCUGAAGCUGGAUCCUGGUAAUGUCAAGGCAUUGUACCGGAGAGCUCAGGCACACAAGGAACUCAAAGAUUACAAAGCUUGCGUCGCAGAUCUGAAUGCUUUGCUGAAGACCGAGCCCAAGAACGUCACUACCCUGAAGUUAGUCCACGAUGUGCGAAGGAUCCAGUAG